GCCAGUUCGAACCGCAAGACGCUGCGAUCGCAUCGUGUGUUGAAGGACCCCGGGUUCUUUAGUGCCAAGAACAAAAGACAAAUACAGUGCUAACAGCAAACAGCGAAUAAUACGUACUCACGCAUAUACUGCGAGCAAAAUAAACUAAAACAUACAUAUCUGAUUAAACAAAAGUGCUCGGAAUAUAGAACCAAAGACCGCAAAUACAAACACAAAAAAAAAAGAACAGUGAAAAGCUAAGAAUUCUAGUGCGAACUAUCUGGCCAGCGAGGAUCCGAGGAUCGACGUCUGCAUGUCUUAUAGAAGUUAAGACACCAAGAGAGAGGAAGUAAGAAGGAUCCACUGCCAGCGCACCGCUUACAAGUCACCAUCACAGCCAUGGAACGUGUCCACCUGACCGCCUGGUUGGCCCUGUUCCUCUUAGUGGUAGCCACCGCCACGCCCACACCCGUUUCCUCACCCGCCGACUGCCCGGCUAAGUGCAUCUGCAGCUUAACCCAGCACUCGCACAAGCAGCUGUACCACCUGAAGUGCAACAGCACCGUGGGUCUGAGGCAGGCCGAGAAGUCCUUCCAGUCGACAGUUCCGGUGCACUCCAUCGAUCUGUCCCACCUGAACCUCACCCGCUUCAGCCAUGUACUGGACAAACUGCCGGAGCUCACCUCCGCCGACCUCUCGCACAACCAGCUGAUGGAUCUGGGUCACCUGGGCAAGGGCCUGAAGCGGCUGAACCUGAAGCACAACCGCCUCACCUCGGACAAGUUGAGGAAGCUGCCGCAGCAUCUGCAGGUGCUCAACCUGCAGCACAACAACAUAACCCACCUGCCCCUGGAGCUGACCCACAUGUACCAGUUGCGCCAGUUGGAACUCAGCCACAACGCCAUCAACUGCUCCUGCCAAACGCUGGAGGUGCGCAACUGGCUGGUGGAGCGCAUGGUCUAUAUGGAGCAUCCGGUGAUCUGCUCCUAUCCCCUGGAGUACAGGGGUCGCUCUUGGCUGCAGUUGAAGCAGGACGAGGUCUGUAAGAAGGAGAAAAUCCAAAGAUUCGACUCCGAGGCCGACGAAAACGAGUUGAUGAUGGGCGACCAGCCGGCAGUUGCUUCCGGAGAACGCGAGGAUGAAGACGAACUGGUCAAGGACUUCCUCCCACUCGUUGGAAACGCCGCCGCCACAAACAAGAAAGUUCGUUCGCCACAGGAACCCCUGCCUGGUGACCAGGUCGAGGGAUCCGGAGACCUCAGCGAAACCAACAUGGAGUUGCAAAUGCCAAAGGAGUACGGAGCUGAUCCAGAAGCUGCAGAGUCCCAAGUGGCGCCAGCUGUGGCCUCCACUUCUGCCCCGAAGAUAGAGGAACAUAUCGUGACGGACGAGGACGAAGAUGAUGAGGGUUCUGGCAGCGGAGGUGGUCUGUUAAUCAUUCCCGAUCCAUCUAAAGUGAAGAUUGCAAAGGAAGAAGAACUGGAGGAUAAGCAGGAUGACAAGGACGCUGCUCCUCUGGAGGAUCCAGACACCGUUUUUGGACCCUCGAUCGGAAUCUACAAGCCGCCUGGCAGCCAGGAGGAAUCGAAGCCUGUAGAGGAAGAAGUGAUCGUUCCCGUGGUGCUGACGAAAUUAAACGAAGGCGUGAAGUCGGAGGUAGUGACUGAUGGGCCAUUGGACAGCAGCAAGGAGUCCGAGGACAUCCUGACCGCCAAGAUAGGCAAGCCAAAGGACGACAGCAGUGCCAUCUACUAUCUGCUCGCCGUGAUUGGAUUGAUCGUUGUGGGCCUGGUGCUCUUCGUGGCCAUCAAGCGUUGCAAAUACGACAGAAAUGCAGCCCGAGAUGCGGAAGCCCAAAGGCAGACGGAGCUACUCGACAUGGACAAGAAGCAGCUGGGCAAGCCGCUGCACAAGAAUGGCCAUGGUAAUGGCCAGGAGCACUCUCCUCUGAUCGGUGAGAAGACCAAGCUGGAUGAGGCACAGAUUGUUAAGAAGCCCUACGAGAACGGAGAGACCAAGGACGGAGCUGGCCAGCAGCCCCUGCUCAAUGGCAAUGGCUCUGCCAAUGGAGGUGCCAAGGAUGCCCCCGAAAGCGAGGAACCCGCCGCCCAUGAAUACUACCCCAUCAGCCCGCGCUACCCCACUCCCCAGUCCCCGAGGGCCUCGAAGUACGCCCAACAACAGCAGCUCGCCGAGCAGAACAACAACGAACCGGAUGGCGCCUACCUGCCCUCGUCUCCCAAGUCCGGAAGAUACUCCCCUGUCUACUCGCCGGAGACGGGACGCGUCAAGAUCAAGCUGACGGAGACCCCGAAGCCCAAGACUCCGAUGUUGGUGACGCGCAGCAAGUCCAAUGCCGGGGACAUCAUCACCACGCCCGUCAGACCCAUCGAACCCACCCACCAGGUGGCACCCAUCAACGGCCACUGAUUUACGCUAUCCAUCAAUUCUCGACACAGCCCGACUUUCCCGACUUCGCCCCCGAGAGUGUUACCCACUUCAUUCGGAUCGGAUUUACACAAGAACUUUAACUUGUUUUCUAAAGACUAGAAAUUGAAUUCGAUUGGAUUGUAACCCAGGGAACAGGGGUGUAAUCCCUCCUCAGCUUCAUCACCAGCAACAUAAAGCAGCCCAACAGCAACACCUGCAACAAGCAACAUGCAACAUGCAACAUCUAGAAUAAACCAGAAAGAAGCCAAGGCGACGACAACAGAAAACUAUUCGAGUUAAGCACCCGACUCCCCUCUUAAGUGUGACCAACAAGUAGUGUUUUAGCCAUAAGUAAAUUAAUUACUCCUAAGCGUAAAUCUAGUUUAAUACCAAAGUUAAAAAAUAUAUGCGUAUAAAAUGAAUAACGAAAACCAUGUUAAUGAACCGGGGAAUAAACGGCAGCCGAUAACUCCUUUUUAAUGAUACGAUAAAUGCUUUCAGCCUGCAUCUGCAUGUGAACUUCACACCAUACUUACUGUAUAUGUACUUUCGUAACCUACCUAUAUACUGUAAUCUACUUAAGUUUCCUUCUCUUGUCAAACUAUAUUGUGUGAAUUCAUUAAAUGCGAGAGAAUUAUCAAAUUAAA